AUGUCCGCGCUGCGCUCAGGUAAUCACAACCAAGCUAUGGAGCUGCCCCUCACCCUUUGGAGGUCACUGUAUACUGACAUGUCGGCCGUCUUCGAUAGCUGCUACACCUCCAUCUGUGGCGACAGCAUCCCCUCCACCAGCGAUAUCAUGUCCCUCAGCUCGAAGUACUGCGGCGACGGGGGCGCGGCGGCAACAACCACAGGUACAGAAACGGGAUCAGGAUCCCAGGCCAGUGCGACGGCCUCGGUCGCCAGCGCAACGAGUAGUGCUGGUGCUGGUGGCAGGGCUGGACAAAAGGGACUUUCGCAAGAGGUCUUUGUCGUCGCUGUGGUCGGGUUAGUCGGUGGUGCGAUGGUCUAA